AUGCUACUUACACGUACACUUGAGCAAGCGGCUCUCGACGAGGACUGCAAGUUGAGUGGGAGUGCUUAUAGAUUUCCUCCAAGUCCGCCAGCAGAGGGCUUUCAGCCCCCAUACAUAAUUGACGAUGUUUUAAGGGAUCUUGUGCGGAAUGCGCCUGAUGAGCCUCUCGUAGGCUACCCAAAGAGCGCACAUGGAGUAACUGAUUAUGUCUAUUAUACUCCCUGUGAUCUUGACAGAUUCGCCAAUGGCGCUGUGAAAGAGUAUAAACGAGCUGGCCUUGCAGAGUUCUCUCACCCGACUGAGAACCGCGUUGUCUCUAUCCUUGGACCCUCGAACCUCGAUUACAUUGUGUCGCUUUUCGCAUUGUCCCGGAUGGGAUAUACUGUUUUGCUACUUUCAACCCGCCUGAGCACCGAGGCCUACGCAAACCUCGUCACUCUGACCAAGUGUACCAACAUCGCUUACGCUCCACCUAACAAGAAGGCAGUCGAACAAAUAGUGGAACAUUUACAAAUAGGCACUUUUGCAAUUCCUGAAUUUGCAAACUACUCAAAAGAGCCAUCCGGACCGCUCAUACAAUCCCGUGGAACACUGCAGAGUAGUCACAAAUGCGCUUUUAUCAUUCAUUCGUCUGGCUCCACUGGCCUUCCCAAGCCGAUCUUUCAAACCCACGGGGCGUGCAUCUCCAACUAUAGCACAAGCAAAGCAUACCGAGCUCUACUUACAUUGCCUCUAUUCCACAAUCAUGGUCUCUCCACUUUUUUCCGUUCCCUCUUCAAAAAAAAAGGGAUUUCCAUCUAUAACGCUAAUCUUCCGCUGACUGGCAAAAACGUACUGGAAACGAUGAAGGUGACGGUCCCCGAGAGCUUUCACGGCGUACCGUACGUCUUGAAGCUCCUGAGUGAGACCGAAGGUGGCAUCGAUGAACUAGCCAAGUGCGAACAAGUGUUAUUCGGAGGAAGCAGCUGCCCUGAUACUCUCGGCGAUCUGCUAGUAAACGCUGGCGUCCGACUGAUCAGCCAUUACGGAGCUACUGAGCUAGGCCAAUUAAUGACAUCGGCGCGCCCUCGGGAAGACAAAGCGUGGAACUACCUUCGGCCAUUGCCAGCUGUGGAUCCUUUCCUGAGUUGGAAGCUUCUCGAGGAUGGUUCUUAUGAAUGUAUUGUUCUAGAUGGGCUCCGAUCAAAAGUAACAUCCAACUCUGACGACCCUCCGAACUCGUUCCACACCCGCGACACCUUCCUCAAGCACCCCAAUAUCCACAAUGCUUGGAAAUAUGUGGGCCGUAUUGAUGAUCGGGUCACUUUAGAUAAUGGAGAGAAAGUCCUUCCUGUGCCGAUUGAAAACCGUAUUCGACAGAGUGUGUAUGUCAAAGAUAACCUCGUGUUUGGAGUUUCGAAGCCAAUCCCCGGCUUGAUUGUGGUGCCUAGCACAAAGUGUGAUGGAUUAUCAUCUGAAGAAAUUCUGGAUCGAAUUUGGCCGGAUAUUGUGGCAGCUAAUCAGAAUGCCGAGGCGUUCAGUCAAAUCUCGCGUAGUAUGGUUAUUCUUCUGGACCCUUCUUGCUCCUACCCAUCGACCGACAAGGGAACUAUGAUUCGCAACAAAUGCUAUGUGGAGUUUAAUGACUUGAUCGAAGCUGCCUAUGCGCGUCUAGAAAACGGUCAUGGAAACAAGGGGGACCGCCGCGUUCUAGUUCUGCCGGAGUUGUACAACUUCUUAUUGGAAGUGUUCCAGAAUGAUCUUGGCUUUGCUGAUAUCAAGAUUGAUACUGAUCUCUUUGAAGCUGGGGUUGACAGCUUGCAGGCGAUCAAGGUGCGUGGCAUUCUCCAAUCACAAAUUGACAUUGGAGCUGCCUCUCUCGCGCACAAUGUCAUCUUCGACUGCGGGUCGAUAAGGAAGUUGGCCGCACAUUUGUACGCGCUACGUAUGGGAGCAAAUACCAUAUCUGAGGAUGAGCUAGAAGCGAUGUCAGAAAUGAUUACAAAAUAUUCGGCUUUUCUCGAUAGGCCACCUAGUGAGAAAGUUGUUAUCCUCACGGGUACUACUGGCUCCUUGGGUGUAUAUAUCCUCUCUCGACUUCUAGAAGAGCCUUCAGUGAAGAAGGUCUUCUGUCUUGUGCGUGCAACUUCUGAGCGCAACGCACUAGAUCGCGUUUUAUCGAGUAUAUCCUCGAGGUCUCUACCCAUCGUCAACGCGUACAAGAUUGUUGCGUUCCCAUCAACUUUUGGAAGGGAAGAUCUAGGUCUUCCAAGUGCGACCAUUGAUGAGCUGCGUGGUUCCUUGACGCAUGUGAUUCAUGCUGCGUGGGCUGUGAACUUCACUUUGGGUGUUCGCAGUUUUGAACAACAGCAUAUCAAGGGCGUUCAGAACUUUAUCAACCUUUGUCUAUCCUCUAGACGUCCUUCUCCCGCUGAGUUUUACUUCUGCUCUUCAAUCUCUGCCGCAGCUGCUACCCCUCUUCCGGCCAAUAUCGCUGAAUGCCCGAUCCCGGAACUUGCACAUGCCCAAAACAUGGGUUAUGCUCGGUCUAAGCUUGUGACUGAGAGAAUUGUUCACGCGGCCGCCAAAAAUACUGGGAUGGUUGCCAAGGUUCUGAGACUUGGCCAGAUUGUCGGAGACACUGUGACCGGGUAUUGGAACCCAACCGAAGCAAUACCACUAAUGCUCCAAACCGCCAAAACUUUAGAAGCAUUGCCUGCCUUAGAUGAGACACCAUCAUGGCUACCAGUUGACGUGGUGGCAAAUGCUGUGCUAGAGCUCAGUGGAGUCACUCCCAAUGACAGAGCCAGAUCUCUUGCUCACGACCCGGACGUGGUCUACAAUGUCCAGAAUUCUAGAACUUUUCGAUGGACGGAGGAUCUGCUGCCUGCUCUACAACGGUCGGGCUUAACAUUUGAGGUUCUUCCCAAGAGAGAAUGGGUGCAGCGCCUGCGUGAAUCCGAGCAGGACCCUCAGAAGAACCCAACAAUCAAACUGCUUGACUUUUUUGCGGACAAAUACGAGAAUGAUGCCCCUGGUCGCGCAGGACUAUACUUCGCCACGGAGAAGACAGAGUCGUGUAGUCCUUCGCUAAAUGGUGGCGUAGAGUUGAUUGAUAGUGGCUUGAUUAAGAAAUUUGUUGACGCAUGGGCAUCGCGGUGGUGA